UCAUUUGAGGAUUAAAUGAAAAACAAUUAUCAAAAUGAAAACAAAAUUCUCAUAGGUGUAUCGUGCAUCCGAGUGUAUAUAACAAUCUCUCGUUGUUGAGGAAGCAAGGACGAAAGAGUGUAAUUCAAAAGUGAGAAGCAUCACCUAAAUAACCCGCGAAAGGAAAAACAAACCCAUGAGCCAUGAGCCAUGAGCCAUGAGCUCCCUAUGGUGUAGAACGCAACACGCAGUCAACAUUACAACUACAACCUAACCAUAAUUAUAGAGGAAAAUCUAACCUGUACAACCCUUCAACGUCUUCUUCUUCAAUUAUCUCUAUUAUUCAUCUCCACCACAAAUCCAAAUCCCUACUUUUCAAUCCUUCAUCUUUCUCAAUUCCUCUCUCCUUUAAAUCAUCUGCUAUAACUACAUUCCCAUUUUCUGGAGAAAAUAUAAAUAAUUGUAUUUAUAAUAUCAAGAACAAGGGUAAGAGGAGAGCAAUUGAAUUCGGAAAAUUUGAUUUUGUAACAAAAAUGGUGGUAAUUGAUCAGUACAUUGUUGGGAUUUCCAUAGUCUCUCUCCUAGGGUUUGUUCUCUUCUUCUCGCUUUUCCGAGACGUUAAAUAUAAGAGCAAGAGAAAAGAUAGACUGAAUUCCGCCGGAAUUCACUUGGAAUCUGUUCGGAAUUCUGAUGAAAUUAGCUCUGUUUCCGAUGGACCUGAUGUCAUCAUCGUUGGCGCUGGCGUUGCUGGUGCUGCUCUUGCUUAUACCCUUGCUAAGGAUGGUCGGCGUGUUCAUGUGAUUGAGAGAGACUUAAGUGAACCUGACAGAAUAGUUGGGGAGCUUCUACAGCCAGGAGGAUACUUGAAAUUGAUUGAAUUGGGCAUUGAGGACUGCGUCGGGAAUAUUGAUGCACAGAGAGUGGUUGGAUAUGGUCUUUUUAAAGAAGGGAAGAACAUAAGACUGUCUUAUCCCUUGGAACAGUUCCAUUCAGAUGUGUCUGGAAGGAGCUUUCACAAUGGACGUUUCAUACAGAGGAUGAGAGACAAGGCUGCUUCUCUUCCCAAUGUGCGGUUGGAACAGGGAACAGUUACAUCAUUGCUUGAGGAAAAGGGAAUAGUCAAGGGGGUUCACUACAAGACCAAGAAUGGUGAGGAGUUCAAGGUCUAUGCACCUCUCACAGUCGUCUGUGAUGGUUGCUUCUCGAAUCUGAGACGUUCUCUUUGUUCACCAAAGGUUGAAGUGCCCUCACACUUUGUGGGGUUGGUGCUGGAGAACUGCCAAUUGCCUUACGCGAAUCAUGGACAUGUUAUUUUAGCGGAUCCCUCACCUGUUUUGUUUUACCCUAUUAGUAGUACAGAAGUCCGUUGCUUGGUUGAUGUACCAGCAGGGGACAAGUUGCCUUCUAUUGCUAAUGGUGAAAUGGCUAAGUAUCUGAAGACAGUGGUGGCGCCUCAGGUUCCUGCUGAAAUUAGAGAUUCAUUUGUAGCAGCAGUUGACAAGGGCAAUAUAAGAACAAUGCCUAAUAGAAGCAUGCCUGCUACUCCUCAGCCUACUCCUGGAGCCUUACUAAUAGGCGAUGCUUUCAACAUGCGACAUCCUUUAACUGGAGGUGGGAUGACAGUGGCAUUGUCUGAUAUUGUUGUACUCCGAGACCUUCUGAGGCCUUUGAAGGACCUAAAUGAUGCAGAUUCGUUGUGCCAUUAUCUGGAGUCUUUUUACACCUUGCGUAAGCCUGUGGCAUCGACAAUCAACACUUUGGCAGGUGCCCUUUAUAAGGUGUUUUGUGCUUCACCUGACGAAGCUCACAAGGAAAUGCGUGAGGCUUGCUUUGACUAUUUAAGCCUUGGAGGAGUGUUCUCAAAUGGCCCAAUUGCUUUACUCUCUGGUCUAAAUCCUCGGCCAUUGAGCUUAGUAGCUCACUUCUUUGCUGUGGCUAUAUAUGGUGUUGGUCGCCUGUUGAUUCCUUUUCCUUCAAUAAAGGGACUUUGGCUUGGCAUAAGAUUGCUAUCGGGUGCAGCCGGGAUCAUCUUUCCUAUAAUGAAGGCAGAGGGACUGAGGCAAAUGUUUUUCCCUGCAACUGUUCCAGCAUAUCAUAGGCGUAUGCAUGUAAAGUGAUGUUUCCAAAACAGUAAAGAAGAUAGUUCACGCAUCCAGAAUUGCUUGCUAUGGUGCUGAAUAUUGUCUCUAUGAAAGUUAAUCAGGCUUGUUCUUUAUAAGCUGCUAUUGAAACCAAACAGGAGAUAAUUGUAUUGAGAUACCACUCCUAUUUAUUGAACUUCAUUCAUGAUUAUCAAGACUGUCAUGAACUGUUUUAUAUGUAAAUUUUUUAUAUUGUGAAUGUUAUACUUUCUACGUUUUUAUUUUAUUUAUUUAUUUUUGGAUCCAA